AUGGCUCUGAUGACAUCGGCAGAAAACUAUUUCAUGUUUCGUUCCGAGGAAAAUUCUCUACGACGAGCUGAAGCACUCAUUUCAGCAAAAACAACGUCGUGGAACUUAUCAUUGGCCGGUCAUAGAAUGGCCUGUAUUCGUGUAAGGGAUUUUGCAACACAACCUCUUAGAGCUGACAACAAGGUGACGGUCCACUUCACCAAUCGAGAUGGAGAGAAGAUCUCUGUCAAAGGCUCUCCUGGAGACUCUCUCCUAGAUGUCAUUAUCGACCAGGACCUCGAUUUUGAUGGGUUCGGCGCAUGUGAGGGGACACUGGCCUGUUCUACCUGUCACCUGAUCUUUGAGGAAGACGUGUAUAAUAAGCUGGGCCCCAUUACUGACGAGGAGAUGGAUAUGCUGGACCUGGCCUACGGACUCACAGACACGUCCCGCCUGGGUUGCCAGAUCUGCCUGACCAGAUCCCUGGAAGGCAUGACAGCGAGGGUGCCUGAGAGUGUGGCAGACAUCCGACAGAGUGGAGACGGGUCCUCAUAAUGGCCACCCCAGGCCAGAGUAAUAGAUGUACUGACAUUUGCCCAAAUCAAUGCUUUAUUUCAACACUAGCAUGACCAAAUAAUGCC